AUGACAUCGUUCCAAAUCCAAGACUCUGACCUGACGGGCUUUCAGGGCAAAGUUGCCGUCAUAACAGGUGGGUCGUCUGGUAUUGGUCUCGCCACAGCAGAGCUACUGCUCUCUCUAGGCGCACUAGUUGUGACUGGUGAUAUUCAGGCACCACCGGCGUCUGUGGCUGACUGUCACUUCGUCCAAAUCGACGUCAGGCGCUGGAGCGAUCUAACGAAACUAUUCAAGGCCGCGAAAGAAAAGCACGGUCGUGUUGACUUUGUGUUUGCGAAUGCUGGAAUUGGGCCACGCGCAAAUUACUUGGCUCUCGAAGUCGAUGAGAACGGUGACCCCAAGGAACCAAACGAUGACACCUUGGACAUCAAUCUGGACAGUGUUGUCAGGACCGUGACACUCGCUACCCAUUAUCUGAAGGGCCAGGCCGAGGGGGGGUCUAUUGUCAUCAUGGGGUCCAGCACCGGCUUGCAUCCCGUCCGAGCAGUUGAUUAUUCGACGGCCAAAGCGGGUGUUCUAGGCUUUGGUAGGAGUUUCGCGCUGUUGGUGAAGGCUGCCGGUCUGCCUAUUCGCGUCAACACUCUCGCCCCUUCAUGGACGGCAACUCAGGUCUUGCCCGAUUUGAAAGGUUUGCUAGAUGCGGUUUCGCACAACUGCCAGUCUACUUCAGUCGUUGCCCGAGCAGCGGCCUACUUGAUGGUAGACAAGUCUCGUCACGGAGACCUCAUCUUUGCCUGCGACGGAAAAUACACAGAGAUCGAGAAGGCUGUGCUUGCGCCAGCAUAUGCGACUAUCAAGGGAGACGGAUCAAGCGACGAUGAUGUCCUGGCGAAGGUCUUGGCGCUGGGUAGCUAG